AUGAUGGAAGAACUUCACCAAUAUAUUGAUCCGUUCAUUGGGAUCCUCAAAAGGACUCUCGAAUCAAUCGACAUUCCGAGCGCCAUCCAGGCGUACUACAUCUACACCUCCCUCGCCAUCCUCAUCGCAGCCAACAUCCCCGCCCUACAAACCCGCUUCUUCGACUACGGCGCCCGCGCCUCCUCCCAUAAUCCCACCCACCACGCUUCUCGAAACCCCAUAACUCACCUCCUCGACCUCCUCGCCACCUUCUCCGUCCCUCACGCCUAUUUCACCCACUUCUAUCUCCUCUCCACCCUCUCCUCCCUCCUCUGGCUCUUCCAAUUCCUCCACCCCACCGCUCCCCUCCUCUUCAUCCAAUCCCACUCCUCCCCCUCCCUUUCCUACCCUCUCCCCCCCGUCCCGCUCCUCGGCUCCCUUCUCCUCCUCCUCCAAGGCCUCCGCCGCCUCGCAGAAUGCCUCACCUGGCCCGCCUCCCGCACCUCGCGCAUGUGGUUCGCCCACUGGGUGGUCGGCCUGCUAUUCUACGCGACCAUGGGCGUCGCCGUGUGGGUGCGGGAGCUCGACGCUCUCGCUCAGGGGUUCCCGCAGACAUAUCUCAACAACCUCCUACGCGGUGAGCUGGACGUCCGCGCACUGCGAGCGACCGCCGUGGCGCACCCGACCCGCGUCGUCGUCCCGCUCAUCGUGUUUCUUGGAGCGAGCGUCGCGCAACAUCUCGCACAUCGGCAUCUUGCGGGGCUGCGGCGCUCGUCCUUGUCGGUCGGGGUCACUGAGUCGUCGUACCCCGAACCGGCCUCAGUCCCCAAAUCGGCCUCACACUCCUCCCCUCCCCGUCCCACCUACCGUCUCCCCACCCACCCCCUCUUCACCCACACCCUCACGCCGCACUAUCUGUCCGAAGUGCUGAUCUACCUCUGCCUGGCGCGCAUCACCGCGCGCGACGGGGAGGUUGUCAAUCCGGUUGUGAUGGCCGGGGCAGGGUUCGUCGCGGUCAAUUUGGGGGUGACGGCGGGGCGGACGGGGCGGUGGUAUCGGGAGCGGUUUGGGGAGAGGGUGAAAGGGAGGGCGAGGAUGGUGCCGGGGGUUUGGUGA